CACCGCGCAGCUUUUCUAAUCCUUCUCCUCCAACUCUGGUCCGGACCAAAAAACUGCAACAUUCCUGAGGACGACUUUCUAUACGGCCCGUGAACGUAUCAUUCCUACAGACCAGAAGAAACCUUUGGAGAACACCUGGACAACGUUACUUCCUGGUUAUAUAACUUUUCUUUGCACUUGAACGACUUCUUUUACAUUCCAAAGACUUUGGCCCCGGACAUACGUCGUUUUUUUUGGGGUGUCUUUUUUUUAAAACUAUCAACGGUCAAAGUCAUUUUUCUCAUUGUUAUAUUAUUCUAUACAGACCAACAAAGCAGGGCGUAGUAGCUCGUUUUUGUGUGUUUUUUUGCACAACCUAUAAACUGCAUUCCGCACCUCAACGUGUCGCCUUAAAUUGCGUAAAUAGUCCACAAUGGCAGGUUUGAACUCUCUGGAUGCCGUGAAGAGGAAGAUUCAGUGUUUGCAGCAGCAGGCCGACGACGCAGAGGACCGAUCUCAGGUCCUACAGAGAGAGCUGGACAGUGAACGGGAGCUGCGAGAGAAAGCGGAGGGUGAUGUAGCAGGACUGAACCGUCGGAUCCAGCUGGUGGAGGAGGAGUUGGACCGAGCCCAGGAGAGGCUGGCCACCGCACUGCAGAAACUGGAGGAGGCUGAGAAGGCCGCAGAUGAGAGCGAGAGGGGGAUGAAGGUGAUUGAGAACCGAGCGUCGAAGGACGAGGAGAAGAUGGAAAUUCAGGAGAUGCAGCUGAAGGAGGCCAAACACAUUGCAGAGGAGGCCGACCGUAAAUACGAGGAGGUGGCCCGUAAGCUAGUGAUCCUGGAGGGAGAGCUGGAGAGAGCUGAGGAGAGGGCCGAGCUCUCAGAAUGUAAAGCCGGGGACCUGGAGGAGGAGCUGAAAAAUGUGACCAACAACCUCAAGUCCCUAGAAGCCCAGUCUGAGAAGUACUCAGAAAAAGAAGACAAGUACGAGGAGGAGAUCAAAGUUCUGACUGACAAACUGAAGGAGGCUGAAACCCGUGCAGAGUUUGCCGAGAGGAGCGUGGCCAAGCUGGAAAAGUCCAUUGAUGACCUGGAAGAGAAAUUAUCACAAGCCAAAGAGGAGAAUCUGAGCAUGCAUCAUGUCCUGGACAAGACCCUGGAGGAACUGAACAGCUUAUAAAAGCACAGAGAGGAAGCUGGAGAGGAUGAGAUCGUCAUGUAACAUUCCUUUAAUGUUCGACUCCAUUCCACAUUUCAACCUGUAAAAUCUUUAUUCCCAGUGUGAAGGGGGAUUAAUUUAAUGCUUGUCCUUGAUGUUUCUUUUUUUUUCUUCUUUUUGAAUUUUUUUUUUUAUGAUAGGAAGUAAUUAUGACCCCAUUGCUUCUUCUUUUUUUUGUCCCCAGAUGUGAUUGCAAAAAUUCUCCCCAGAAGUUAUGUUUGACCACUUAUUCAAAAAGAACCGGCAACUUACACACCCAAAGAAACCUCAGAUUUGGUCACUGCUUGAACCACUUAAACAGGCUCAAUUUAACAUUAUAUGUGCACAUACAUUAAGCCUCUGACUAAUUAUUUUACUACAUAUGCUACAGAUGGUGUUGGGUUUUGCUGCGGCUACAUUUUGGCUCUGAAGUGCCACCUGGUGGCGAUACAACGUUAGUCUACAGUCACGCUGUAUUAAGAGGCUACGAGUUAACAGACGAGUCGCUCAUGGGUGGCUGUUUUAGCAGUAUCCUACUUAAUCUGGUCUUAAAGAGCGUGAUUGUGAAAUGGACAGGUGACCUUAUGGAAAGGUUGCAUUGAUAAAUAAACAGGUCAAGGCACAUGCUGCCCAGACUCUCUGGGCUUCCCAACAUUUCAUUAGAACAAUAAUGGCUCUUUGUCCAUUCCCCUAUUAUCCCGAGGCCUACCUGUUGAAGAUGCAGAGUAUUUAUGUGCAUCAACAUAUUGUGACUCUAAUUUUGUUGGGUGGGAAUAUGUGCAGAACCUGAGAGCUGUGCAUGUAGUGUCUAGAAGUGACUUUUAUUUCUCACCUGUACUACCUUUCCCUGAGUUUGACCUGACCGGUGACACAUUCAUCAUGUUUGCCAACAAUAUGCCAUAAGUAGCCAAUAUUUACUAGAUUUACAAUAUAUUGUAUUACAUAUGGGAGCGUAACCCAAAACCACUUGAAGCUCAAGUCAAGCUUUAUCAACCACGGAUACUUAUUGUAUAUAGUAGAAUAAUGUUAGGUAUUUUAGAAAUUGUAUUGCUAUGAUUAUUUUUGGUUUUGUUUUAUUCACACGACUUCUCAAUUUGCCAUGGGAACUCUCAACACCAAAGAACACACAUAACACGGACAAUACAAUCUUUAAAUGUUUUAUUUUUGUUUGUGAUGGCCAUCAAGGAGUCAACAGGGCCAUGAAAAGCGCUUCAGUCAUGACCAAGCUCAUUUUGAAAUAUUUUGUUCACCAACCCCACCCCCCAUGUCAACUUAAUAAAUGUUUUACAGAAA